AUGACUUACUCGCACAUUGUGACCAUUUGCAGCUCUGAAAACGUUGACAGUCCAAAGUGCAAGGGAAACGGAGAUCCGUGUUCACCAGAAACGGAGGGCGUGAUCGAAAAUUGCAGGCCUGGUGACCUGGACGGUCCAAACUGCAACAGUGAUGGAAAUCAGAGUUCUCCAGAAACUAAGGCGGCCGUAAAAAUGAAUCAAAGUGUUGACAAUCAAAACUUCAAUGAAAAUGGAAAUGAUAAUUGUCCAAGAACAACUGAAGAAAUUAAAACAUCUCAAAGCCAUCACACUCUAAACUGCGAUGGAAUUGACUGUUCUCCAGGAACAACUGCCACAAUUAAAAGGCAUGGUAACCUUGACAAUCCAAACUGCGAUGGAGAUGGAAAACUGUGCUCUUCAAAAUCUAAGGCGACCAUGAAAACGCUUCAGAGUAUUGACAGUAUCAUCUCUGCCAAGGAUGGAGGUGAUUGUUUUGUAGCAAAGACUGAAGAAAUUAAAAACUCUGAAAACAUUGACAGUCCAAACGUUGAUGGAAAUGGAAAUCUGGGUUCUCCAGAAACUAAGGUGGUCUUCAAAAAGUGUGGAAACCCUGACAGUCCAAACUCCAGUGGACUUGGAAAUCAUGGUACUCCAGGAAGAGUUGAAGUAAUUAUAAACUCUAAAAACAUUGACAGUCCAAACGGUGAAGGAAAAAGAGAUCUGGAUCUUUCAGAAACCAAGGUGGUCUUCAAAAAGUGGAAACAUGCGGUUAAUGCUGCAGGCCUUAUGCUGGAACUGAAACCUGGAGGCUUUGGUCUAUUCCAGCGGUGACCAAUGAAGAGAUUGUUGCCGGGGUUACUCACCAGUUGAUGGUGUGGCUCAGUUUCAGCUGCUGCUAGUUGCAGCUCUGGAAACAUUGACAGUGCAAAUGGUGAGGAAAACGAAAGUGGAGGUUCUUCAGGAACAAGCG